UGGCUGCUCCCAGAGGCAGCCUCCACCUCCCCCACAUGGCCGCUGCAGGACUGACCCCUGUGCACCUGGCCCCCUAGGCCUCUUGGGAUCAUAGCCCUGUCUUCGGCAGCCUCACCCCUCCUACCUGGCACCAUGCCCCUAACUCCUCACAGGGUGUCGUUCUCUUCCCUGACAGUAUGAAUGCCUCUCAGUCUGGAUGCUCAUAGAGUCAAGACCCUGAGUCCUUCUGCCAGUCCCCAAAGUCCUCAGCCCAGGGUGUGAUCCCAGCUGAGCCCAAGCCAGCUCACUGAGUGCCCUGAGGUGGGAGGCAGCCCCCCAGAACCCCCAUCCUCCCAUCCUGCUCCCCCAGGCAUAGACAGACCUGUGAACCCCAUGCCACCCUCAGCCCAACUCUUCUGAAGCUGAAGCCUCCCGCCCAGCCUGACCCCUUCCCCUUCCCCUGCCUCUGCGCCUUAGGGGACCCCAGUUUGCUCCAUAAGCAUCUCCUCUAGCUCCUUUCCCUGCCCACCGAUUCCUUCCUUCUCCUCCCCUCGCCCCGCCCCCUACACUAACAGGCUCAGUGUCUCCGGAAGGACCAUGGAGCAAACAACCCUUAGAGAGCGGAGGGGUGAGGGGUGCAGCUGACAGGGAGCUGCGGGGACCCCCCAGGAGAAGCCACAGGUGACCCAGGACUCAGGGCCCCGGAGCAUGGGGCUUAUAGGACAACACACAGCCGGCCAGCCAUGGGUCACCCUGCUGCCCACACCCAAUGGCAGUGGGCUGAGCCAGGAGUUUGAAAGCCGCUGGCCAGAGAUCCCAGAGAGGUCCCCAUGUGUGGCUGGUGUCAUCCCUGUCAUCUACUACAGUGUCCUGCUGGGGCUGGGGCUGCCUGUCAGCCUUUUGACCGCAGUGGCCCUGGCCCGCCUUGCCACCAGGACCAGGAAGCCCUCCUACUACUACCUUCUGGCACUCACGGCCUCAGAUAUCAUCACCCAGGUGGUCAUCGUGUUCGCAGGCUUUCUCCUGCAGGGAGCCGUGCUGGCCCGCCAGGUGCCCCAGGCCGUGGUGCGCACAGCCAACAUCCUGGAGUUUGCUGCCAACCACGCCUCGGUCUGGAUCGCCAUCCUGCUCACGGUGGACCGCUACAGCGCCCUGUGCCACCCUUUGCACCACCGCGCCACCUCGUCCCCAGGCCGGACCCGCCGGGCCAUUGCUGCUGUCCUCAGUGCUGCCCUGUUGACGGGCAUCCCCUUCUUCUGGUGGCUGGAUGUGUGGAGAGAGGCUGACCCACCCAGCACGAUGGAUGAGGUCCUCAAGUGGGGUCACUGCCUCACUGUCUAUUUCAUCCCCUGUGGCGUGUUCCUGGUCACCAACUCAGCCAUCAUCCACCAGCUACGGAGGAGGGGCCAACCGCGGGUAGGCAAGAGCACAGCCAUCCUCCUGGGCGUCACCACGCUGUUCACCCUCCUGUGGGCGCCCCGGGUCUUCGUCAUGCUCUACCACAUGUACGUGGCCCCUGUCCACCGGGACUGGAGGGUCCACCUGGCCUUGGACGUGGCCAACAUGGUGGCCAUGCUCAACACAGCAGUCAACUUUGGCCUCUACUGCUUUGUCAGCAAGACUUUCCGGGCCACUGUCCGACAGGUCAUCCACGACGUCUACCUGCCAUGCACUUUGGCGUCACAGCCCGCGGGCAUGGCAGUGAAGCCUGUGAUGGAGCCUCCAGGACUCCCCAAAGGGGCAGAAGUGUAGAGGAGGGGGCCCAGCUGGGGAGCUCAGGGUGGUUCAUAGCCACAUGCACUGGGGCCUUUGAAGUUGUGCCCAAAAAAUGUUUAUCGACACUGCUUUCCUUGGGUGGGGGUGGAGGCCCCUCCUUUGGGUGUAGCUCCCAGGUAGAGAGGAGGACAACUUAGCCAACUGUUACAUUUGCUUCAUCAGUGAUCCCUAUUCCCUGGGAAGAUGAAAGGGCUCUGCCAGGCAUAGGUUAAUAGCAUCAGUGCUGUGGGCAUUCCUUUGCAAAGGGCAUUUUGCCUAGCUUAUCAUGAAUGCUAGAUUAAUGUUGGUUGAAUGGAUAGAAAAAUGGACAGAUGGAUGGAUGGACAGACAUAUGGACUGACAGACAGACUGAUAGAUGUUAGAGUGGAUAGAUGGAUGGAUGGAUGACGGAUGGACAGACAGAUAGAUGGACGGAUGGAUGGACAGAUCGAUGGAUUGACAGAUUGAUGGAUUGACAGACAGACUGAUGGAUGUUACAGUGGAUAGACGGAUGGAUGGGCAGACAGAUGGACAGAUGAAUGGAUGUAUUGAUGGAUGGACAGAUGGACGAAUGCAUGGAUGGAUGGAUGGAUGGAUGGACAGAUGGGUAGAUGGACAGAUGCAUGGAUGGAUGGAUGGAUGGAUGGAUGGAUGGAUGGACAGAUGGAUAGAUGGAUGGACACAUGGAUGGAUGGAUGGAUGGAUGGAUGGAUGGAUGGAUGGAUGCAUGGAUGGAUGGAUGGACGGAUGGAUGGAUAGAUGGAUG